AUGAAAGCCGAAUCAAUUUCAUCAACACCUCAAGUUGGUUGUUUAGAUCCUCUCGAAUUAAUCGAUUAUACCGAAUAUGAAACUGUAUCAUAUCACUCACCAUCUCUCUCACCAUCUUCAUCAAAAUCACAAUUUGUACCGACAUCUGUAAGAUCAUCCGUAGUAUCUACACCGACCACAUUACCUUCAUCAGAUCAACCAACUCUUUCCGGUCCAAGUCAUCAAUACGAUCUUUAUAGACAACAAACGGGUAUUCCACAAGGUGCCAUCGCAAAUACUUUGGCAGUUAAUGAAAACAAUGGUCAUAUCAAUCGAUAUAACUUUCAAGAUACAUCAUACUUUUCCGCCAUGAGUCCAAGUGAGGAAUUUGUGGAUUUUGGAUCUGCCCCAUCUCGAACACCAUUUCAUCCAUCCGAUGUUGAAAUGGAUCAAGAUCCAGCCUUUUUUUAUCCAGAACAAAAUUUUGUUGACCCAAGCAAUAUUGGAUCUCAAAAUUUACCAGUUGGUAAUGUCCUACCAGCACAAUCAAGUCAUGUCGGUCGUCUUUGGCCUGGUAUGCAUCAACAACAAGCCGCUCUUGCGAAGGCUCAAGCACAACAAAAGCAACAACAAGCUAUUAUCGCACAACAACGACAAAAUGCUAUGGCUGCCAAUGGUCAACAAAGACAGCCUCAACAACCACGUUCCAGAGCACACACUGGUACCGAUCCUAUUGUUGAAGAAAAGAUCUCUCAACUUCUUAAAUCAAUGAGACAGGGUAGUGUCGCUACUGAUGGUGAUGAGGGAAAUUCCCAAAACCUUACACAUGUUCAUCGUAUGCGGAAGGAAGAAGAAGAUAUGGAUGAAGAUGAAAGAUUAUUGGCCAGCGAGGAAGGAAAGAAACUCAGUAGCAAGGAAAGACGACAACUUCGAAAUAAAGUAUCAGCUCGUGCAUUCAGAUCAAGAAGAAAGGAAUACAUCAGUCAACUCGAAGGAGAAAUUGCUGUCAAGGUUAAUGAGAAUAUGGAUUUGAAAUCUCAAAAUAGAGCAUUGAUGGAAGAAAAUACUCGUCUAUCAGAUCUUACAAGAAUGCUUCUUUCCUCACCUGCAUUCUCCGGUUUCCUCGAUACUUUAUCCUCAAACCCAGCUGCGCAACAAGCACCACCUCCACCUCAACAAGCUCCUAUUCAACAUGAACAACCAAUACAAGUUAGAAAGGAUGUUAAUCCAUAUGCUGCUCAACAACAAAUUCAACAACAGCAACAUAUUGGUAUGGUUAUGAUUCCAGAACAAGCUAUGGAUUUUGCUAUGCUUGAUAUUAAUGCCGAUGGAUUUGGUUAUCAACCACAAGUUUACUCUGUUCUCUCUCUACCAGAACUCAUCAUCGAUUCAUCAAUUCUCUCAGGAAAGUCAUCAGAUCUCAUCACUCCAUUAGAAUCUGAUGACGUAAAAGUAGAACUCCCAAUUGUGGAAAGGAAAUUAGUUCAUGAACUUGCACCAUCAGCUGUAGUUGAGGAAACUAUCGAUGAAGAAUUCGAUGCGGAUCCAGCAUUUGCUCUUUUCGCUGAUGAUACUACUUCUUCAACUCCAUCACCAACGACUCACUCGAACUUCGAUUUCGAUUUCUCGACUCUGAACCUUAACAAACCUUCUCAUUUCGAAUUAAUCAUUCAUGAUAUCGAAAACGAAAAAUUAAUCUCUUCUAAUGCUUUUGAUAGAGCUUCUAAGUUGUGCAAUAAUUUGGAUUCGUUGAUGGAGAGGUUAGAAGCAAUGUUUUUGUAA